AUGGAAGGCAAAACGGACACCCUCGACCCAUCAGGUGAAAACCAAGAAAGCCAGAUCUCUCAUGCCUCAGUAUCGGAAGUUAUUAGUUGGAGUAAUGAGUCUUCGAAUCAAGAGAAUACUACAUCUGGGAUGAUCCCAGCUUUUACUAAUGGAGGGUUUGACUGCAACAAAUCACUGGACCAACAUGAUGAUUGCAAAAUGGAGGAAGAAGGUGGAACCCUAAUUGCUGACCACCUCUUUCGCCCGGAUGGUUCUCUUGAUUGCGAGAAAAAGUCGGGUGGGAUUUCAACAAUGGACGAAGAUGAAGAAUCUUCGCUGGAUUACAUGGUCUGUGAUUCCACUUCCAAGCUAAUUCCAAAGGGGUUUCUAAGGUCGAACUGUACAGAUGAAGUAGUUCUCUUCGUGAAUGCUGGAGCAGAAACCAUGGUGGAACUAGACUCCAAUAUAAACAUUGAAGCCGAUAAGUACUUUGAAGGAGGUGAUGUAUUUCAAACAAACGAAUCCAUAACUGAAGGCGGUGAUGUUCCAUUCAUAUACCACUCUGCAAGACUAGGAGACUUUCAGUACCUGUUCAACAAUCUGCCAGAGGGAAAUUACUUUAUUGACCUUCACUUCGUUGAGAUGAUAAACACAUUUGGCCCCAAAGGAAUGAGAGUCUUCAAUGUAUACUUACAGGAAGAGAAGAUUCUUGCAGAUUUCGACAUCUUCUCUGUUGUUGGAGCUAAUAAACCAUUACAGUUAGUUGACUCAAGAGUCUCGGUCAAACCUGGUGAGACAAUUGUAAUUAGGUUCGAAGGAAUCACUGGAAGCCCAUUGGUUAGUGGAAUCUGCAUAAGAAGAGCUCCUAAACUCCCUGAUGAUGUAACACAAGAUUUUCUAAAAUGUCAGAACUGUGCUGCUGAUAUAGAAAUCCCUUCAGUUCAGAAGAAAGUCAUGCGAAAGAAAUCAGUAGAGAAGUAUGAGAAAAGGAUACAAGAGUUGACUAGUCAAUGUCAGAGGAAGACUGAUGAAUGUUAUCAAGCUUGGAUGUCUUUAACUGCAGCAACUAAGCAGCUUGAAAAGGUCCACAUGGAACUUGACAAAAGAUUGAUCCAUUCAUCUUCUCUUGACCAAAAAAUGGGGAAACAAUCUGAACAAUUGAGGGACAUAUCAAGUAGAUAUGAACAUGACAAGAAGGUUUGGGUAGCUGCAGUUAAAGAACUAUCACACAGAAUAUCGGUAUUAAAACAAGACCACUCUCAGCUCUCUCUUCAAGCACACCAAUGUGCUGACUCAGUUCCUGAUCUCAAUAACAUGGUUUCUGCAGUUCAAGCAUUGGUUGCACAGUGUGAGGAUCUUAAAGUGAAAUACAACCAAGAACAAAUCAAGAGAAGAAAGCUUCAUAAUCAACUUGAGGAUACAAAAGGAAACAUAAGGGUGUUUUGCAGAUGUCGUCCACAAAGCAAACAAGAAACUUUGACCGGAUGGUCAACCGUUGUUGACUUUGAUGCAGCUUCAAAUGGAGAACUUGGUGUUCUUAAUAGUGGUUCUACUAAAAAGACAUUUAGAUUCGAUAGAGUCUUCACACCAAAUGACAAUCAAGUUGAUGUUUUUGCACAUGCUUCACCAUUGGUGACUUCAGUAUUGGAUGGAUACAAUGUGUGUAUAUUUGCAUAUGGUCAAACAGGGACAGGAAAGACAUUUACAAUGGAGGGUAUUGAGGGAAAUCGAGGGGUAAAUUACAGAACAUUAGAGGAAUUAUUCAAAAUUGCAAAAGAAAGAGUUGAUACUUUUACUUAUGACAUAUCAGUUAGUGUGCUUGAAGUUUAUAAUGAACAGAUAAGGGAUCUACUUGCAACACCAUCAUCAACCUCCAAAAAGUUGGAAAUAAAACAAGCAUCUGAAGGGUUUCACAAUGUUCCUGGUUUAGUUGAAGCUAAAGUUGAGAACAUAAAAGAAGUUUGGAAUGUAUUACAAGCUGGAAGUAGUGCAAGAGUUGUUGGAUCAAAUAAUGUGAAUGAACAUAGCAGCAGAUCUCAUUGUAUGCUUUCUAUCAUGGUAAAAGCAAAGAACUUGAUAACAAAUGAGUGCACAAAGAGCAAACUAUGGCUUGUGGAUUUAGCUGGAAGUGAAAGGGUUGCAAAAACAGAUGCUCAAGGUGAAAGGCUUAAAGAGGCUCAAAAUAUUAAUCGAUCACUUUCUGCUCUUGGAGAUGUUAUUUCUGCUUUAGCAAAUAAGAGUAGUCACAUUCCAUAUAGGAACUCAAAGCUCACACAUUUACUUCAAGAUUCAUUAGGGGGUGAUUCGAAAACAUUGAUGUUUGUGCAAAUAAGUCCCUCUGAACAUGACUUGAGUGAGACUUUGAGUUCUUUGAACUUUGCAACGAGAGUGAGAGGGGUUGAAUUAGGUCCUGCUAAAAAGCAAAUUGAUACAAGUGAGCUUCAGAAAAUUAAAAUCAUGCUUGAUAAAGCAAAGCAAGAAUCGCGUUUGAAAGAUGAGUCUUUGAGGAAGUUAGAAGAGAGUUUACAGAAUGUAGAAGGCAAGAUUAAAGGAAAAGAUCAAGUUUAUAAAAACCAAGUGGACAAAAUUAAGGAGCUUGAGACACAAAUCGAGUUGAAAACAGGAUCAUAUUCUCAAUUAGAAAAACAAAUUUCUAAUCUUUCUGAAAAGUUAAAGGCGAAAGAAGAAUUCAACAACGGGCUUCAACAAAAGGUCAAGGAGCUCGAGAACAAGCUUAUAGAACGUGAAGAGUUAGGGACUAUAACAUACCAACAGAAGGUGAGGGAUCUUGAAGACAAAUUGAAAGUCCAAGUCAAAGAGUCAAAGUCCUACACCAUGACCCUUCAAGAAAAGAUUGAGGAACUUGAAAGGAAAUUGAAAGAACAGGAACAAAAUUCUGAUUCAACCACCCUCCUUCUAAAGAUUAAGGUUCUUGAAGAGAAGCUUAAAGAUCAAGAAAGGCGGUUAUCCAUAGCUACAAUCACAGAUUCUUGUAGUUCAAUGAAAACAACACCUCGUGAUGAAGGGAAACAUGUUGGUGUUGUUUCAAGGGACAAAUUUGUAAUUUCACAUGAGGCUGAGCAACAUGUGUUGAGGGGUUCAAAUCUAAUGAACCGGCAAACGGCUGCUAGCUUGAACCGGUCCAAGAGAAAUGACUCAUUGGGUAGUAAUGGUGGGGGUGAAGUGAGAAGAAAAAGGGUUUCAAGAAAUAGUGAAGUUGAGAAUGUGGUGGACCCACAACCACCACCUAGGGUUCGUGGUGGUUCGUCGAGGGUGGUUAAACCAGCACCGGUGGUGGCUCAGAGACCGGUGGUUCAUCAUGGUAGACCAAGUAGUAACCCGAGUCAAGGGGUUAAAGAUAGAGAUAGCAAGAAAAGGGUGUGGGCUUGA